CUUCCUCUUUCGUUAUCAGAAAAAUUUUGUAAACACUCGCUGAACUUCUGUCUGUCGCAGCCUCAGCGUUUAGAUCUGAAGGGUAAAUAAAUUUGGCCUUUCGUGAAGGUCAUCUUGUAGCUCCAUAUGAUUAUUAUUGGUGGUUUCAUUUGGAUGUCUUGCUUUGUCACCGCUAAUUUGCGUUCAUUACUAUUAACAUGCGCCGAAUCGAACGUCCAUCAUAGGGAACAACGGGGAGCAAUUUAGGCAAUUUAGCGCAGUAGAACUGAGCAGUUUUUUUAAGGAUAAUGCAACCCAUCAGCCGACUGGAUCAAGUUUACCGAAGUCUAGUGCUGUCUAAGUUUUUCGUCAAAGGCUGGGGGAAGCCAGAAAAUAUAAAAAGGCUGUUUGAGUUUCGAAAAGUGGUGUGCAACAGAGAAAGCUGCUACAAGCUCGUCCCACCAGAUUAUCCUGUAAAAAUUACGAAAGAAGAGGUAGCUUCUGACCACACUUUGCUGGAAGGAAAUUUUGUGUCUCCUUUUGUUCACCACCUCCCAGGCAUUUUGCCUCAAGAAGCCGAGUUAGCUCAUUUUCAAGUCGUGUUGCCGAAAGAAUGGAAAGACCCAAACUACAAACCAAUGUGUAUCCAUAUGGCUGGAACUGGUGAUCAUUUUUUUUGGCGACGAAGAGCAGUUAUGGCGAAACCACUUUUGAAAGAAGCAGGAAUAGGGGGUAUAAUUUUAGAAAACCCAUUCUACGGAAGCCGAAGACCAAAAGAGCAACUGCGAUCCAGUUUGUUAAAUGUGUCUGAUAUUUUUGUGAUGGGAGGCUGUCUGAUGCUUGAAGCCCUUGUUUUGCUUCACUGGUGUGAACGAAAUGGUCUCGGCCCCCUUGGUUUGACCGGAAUGUCUAUGGGUGGACAUAUGGCUUCGAUUUCUGCAACCAAUUGGCCUAAGCCAGUCGUCCUUGUCCCUUGCCUGUCGUGGUCAACGGCUUCGACAGUUUUCACUAAGGGUGUGAUGAGUGCAGCAAUUGAUUGGAGCAUGCUGGAAGCUCAGUACAUGGGCAACGAGCAAUAUAGACAAGACAUAAGAAAAAUGUUGUCUAUGGAAAAAGACUCUCUCACGAAGCCGAUUUUCUCUACAAAAGUGAUAUCCUUCAUUCCCAAACAGGACGCAUUUAGAGCUGGCCAACAUUUUGCUCAGAGCUAUCCAGCGACAUUCUCUCGAAUCAACAAUCUUGACGUCAGCACGUCGCAGGACGACUCUGACAGUGAUGCUGAGCAACAAGCUCAAGCCGUCGCAGCCUCCACUGGAGGCAAGUCGCAAUUGUCGAUGCCAAGUGUCUUGGCCGGGUUUCACCUUUCGAAAAAGAACCUGGUCAAAGGAAAGGACGAGGGAAAGAAAAAGACACAGGACGAGGUGUACCAGUUCAUGAGGGGCAUAAUGGACGAAUGCACCCACCUAAAGAAUUUUUCAGUGCCAGUCGACACUGAGCUGAUCAUUGCAAUUGCCGCUCUUGAAGACGCUUAUGUUCCACGAGAUAACUGCACACAUCUGCAAGACAUCUGGCCAGGUGCAUCUAUUCGCUUCCUUAAGGGUGGGCAUGUUAGCUCAUUUGUCCUUUAUCUGGACACGUUCAGAAAAGCUGUGAUUGAAGGAUUUGAAUUGUACAAACAACGCUAUCCGAAACCAGUAAAAUGAAAUUAAAAGGGAAGACGAGAGUUAAGUCUUAAGAGAAAUGAACCAGAGUCACAAAAAUUGACUGAUUUUUAACAAAAACCAGACACAAAACAGCAGAAAUAUAUAUUUGUAUGUAACAGAAUUCCUGCAACAACCCGACACGGUGUUUGUGAGCCGAAAAUAACAAUCCUAUACAUAUAGCUAGUCAAUCAACUUAUAUGAAGAAGCUUUCAUAUCAAAAUUUGUAGUACCUAUUUUACCUUAAAUCUACUGCUUAAAUUAAUUUGGUUUUGAAUGCAUAAUGUUAACCCUUUUUUGACAGAAAGUUGUUGGUUCUAAAAAAAUUGCAAACUAUUUGUGUAAAUUUUGAAUAGUUGAACUUUUGGCGUUUAUUACAUUCUGUGAUUUUAUUAUUGAAGUUAAUAAGCCAUAUUGGAUACAACCAUUGACUUAAAUGUUGGAGAAUUAAAACUGUUUGUUUAGAACUAAAUGCAA